AUGGAACAACAACCAUUGAACUGUCAAGAAAUAUUACAAAAGCAUCAAACGAACUUACUUAUGGCGUGGGCAGAACUGUCAGCUAAACAAGAUGAGUGGAAAGAAGUUCAAGUUUACGUUAAACGGUUACAGCAAUCGUUGGCCUCUGGGUCUGAUAUUACACCAAAACAUCUCAAUCGGUUACUCAGCUUUUGCAUUAACGUGGCAUCGUCUCUUAUCUAUGGCAAGGAUUAUAAUCAGGCUCUUCAAUGGAUCAUUUCUUUUUGCUCAAGUUACAAGGAUUACAUUCAUUGUGAACACUAUCUUUUGACCCGAUUACUACAACUGAUAUGUCACUUUCUGGACAGAAUCAAGGAAAGAAAAUUGGAUCAAGUAGAAACACAUCGAUUACUAGAGUUACUUGCUCAUUUCCCAGAGAAAUGGAAUACUGAAUUGGAUUAUCACUGUGCCAAAAUCAUGAUCUUACUGCUCGGUCCUGUAUCAUCCUCUCAUUCUCUGGAGAAGGCUGUUUUUGAAAUGAUGGAAAAUAUGGAUGUCGUCACUGAAAGCACUAUUCAUAAGAUUCAAAGAUUAGGCACUUUACUUUUACAUCAAACAGGAAAACUCAGCUUCGAUCGACUUGUGGGUGCUUUGGAUCUUUAUAUUCAACGUUGUUUAAUCAAUAUUGAACCUUGUAUCAAUAAUGAAAAAUGGAUAAUGCGACAAGCAGAUACCAUUGAUGAAACUAGGUACUACGAUGAAACUAUCAAGGCUAUCAUGCAAGAGAACUCUUUUGAAUAUACGCAUAUUGUAGAAAUGUAUCUUGUUAAAGAUCAGUUAGAAACUCAAGACAUCUGGAAUUGUCAAAUGAUUCUCUGGACGACAGGCGAUAAGUUUUUUGAACAUGGACAAUAUAUGUAUGCAUUGGUGUGGUAUUCACAAAUAUGGAGUCUCUCUAUUACAUUGCCACAGAUGGAAGACAAAAACUUAUUGGUGCUAGCGAGAAAGAUAACAGCUUGUCACAUACAACAAAGAACUUUGGAAAAUGCUUCAGUUUAUAUCGAAAGAGCAAUUGGUGAUACUGGUGACAAAGCAUCAGCAAUCGAUUAUCUUUUGUUAUUGGAAGUCAGUAUUCACCUCAAGAAUGUCGAACAAGCUCAUCACUAUAUUGAUAAGCUCAUUACUGUUCCAACUCUCACUAUGGACAACUUGUUAACUGCUGGUCAUCUAUGCUACAAGAAUGAACAAGGUAGAUUGAUGCAAAAGAUUACAGAUUAUGCGUUCUCCAUUGCCAAAGAAUAUGAAAGCCAAGAGGUCUUCAAACGCAACCUUAUGAUUCUCUUUAGAUGGACCAUUCGAUUUGCUAUCACUGGGAAAUAUGGACAUGAUAACAAUCCGACAGAACUUUUGGUAGACAAGGAUUCCAUAUUAAAGUAUAUGAAGAAAGGUGCUGAUUAUUUUGGCUCAAUGACCGGCGAACUUUCUCAAUCAUUACAGCAAGAUCGUGACUGGGUCCUACGUACAAGUUGGAAUCUUGGUUUACAGUUCUAUGGGAAUGAUCUCGAAAUGGAAGGUGCUGCAUUAUUCAAAAAUGCAUACAAGUUACUCUAUCAGCUAUUCUCGACUUUUUAUGAUCAAUUAACCCUGGAAGAAAAAAUGAUUGUAUGUGCAGAGCUUAUCUCAAUGAUCAAGAACUAUUUGGAUCUGGAAUCAGAUAUAUUUGGAAGUGAUACCUUUGCUUCUAUUAUUACAUUAAUACAAGUUCAGUGUUAUACCACUUUGGAAAACUUUACAGAUGCUAUGAAUUCACUUGAGCUCUAUGAUCAACGUUUGAUAUCCUCUAACAAUGUUGGAAUUGCACACAUAUAUGAAUGGUUGGCAGGCAUUAUAUUGCAGCAUGAACGAUGUCCCUCUAGUACAACGAUAUCUAUCUUGAAGAUGGUUUCAAGUCGCUUUCAACAAUUUACUCAAUACGAUGGCAUGAUGGACAAAUGGGCCAGAUGGAAUAGAAUGUUUAUAUCUACCUCAAUGAUGACCAAUGAAAAUAAAGAGGAUGCAUUUGUUUAUAUUGAAAAAGUAUAUCGAUCAAUCUCAGAAGACCAUCUCGUAUAUCCUCAAAAGGAAAUCCAUUAUUUAGUGGUCAUCACAUGGAACGAAGGUAUAACUCGACUUCAUUCGUCUGAUGAAGAUCAAGCUCAUCGUUGGUGUAAGUUAUGCAUUGGUUUACUUUCUUAUCUUGAUUCUUCCCACACUAAUGUGAAAACUCAGAUGUUGUUAGAACUUUUUAGUAGAAGCAAUAUCAGACAUUUACCUCAUCAACGAACACCAGUUGAAUUAAGGCCAUUGAUAGGAUUUGUAGCCACUGCAGUAGGAACUGGUUUAUUCGUUUCAACAAGGAAAUUACGUACAGAUCCUGAUCUUCGUAGUCAUGCUGCAAGCUAUUUGGCCGAAUAUUAAGAAAAAAAAAAAAGAAGUAGUUUGAAUUCCUUAUUGCCUCGUUUUUGUAUAUAUAAAUGGUUUCAAAGUUGUAGUGGUUUUGAUGCUUUGAAUCUCACUUUUUGAAAAUAAAAAAUUGG